GUCGUGGUGGUCUUGGUCGCUGCGUUGUGUUGUGCGCUGGUGUUCUUGCGCGUGGUGCUGGUCGCGGUCGUGGGCGUUGUUGCCGCUGCGGUGCUCCUCGUCGCGCUGGUGUUGCUGCGCGUGGUGUUGGUGGUCGCGGUGGUCGCUCUGCUGGUGCAAG